GAGAAGGCAGAGCCGCGCUUCUCUCCCCCCUCUCUUUUCACGCGCUCGAUCUUUUUUAUUUUUAUUUUUGUUUCCCUUGGGGUAGAGGUGCACGCGAGGAGGGAAAAAAAAAAAAAAGUAAAGGACUAUGUUUGCUUCGUGGCUGACUUUCGCCGUGCUCUGGGGAACUUUCUGUGCAGGGCCAGGCCACGGGGAGGCAGAGACAAGGGAGUGCAUCUACUACAAUGCCAACUGGGAGCUGGAGAAGACCAACCAGAGCGGCGUGGAGCGCUGCGAGGGGGAGAAGGACAAGCGGCUGCACUGCUAUGCCUCCUGGAGAAACAACUCAGGCUCCAUCGAGCUGGUGAAGAAAGGCUGCUGGUUGGAUGACUUCAACUGCUAUGACAGGCAGGAGUGUGUGGCCACAGAAGAAAACCCUCAGGUGUUUUUCUGCUGCUGCGAGGGCAACUAUUGCAAUGAGAAAUUUACCCACUUGCCUGAAGUCACCGGCCCAGAAGUCAUCUACGAGCCGCCGCCUCCGACGCCGUCGCUGCUGAACAUCCUGGUGUACUCGCUGCUGCCCAUCGCCGUGCUGUCCAUGGCCAUCCUGCUGGCCUUCUGGAUGUAUCGGCACCGCAAGCCUCCCUACGGCCACGUGGACAUCAUUGAGGAUCCUGGCCCACCACCCCCUUCUCCCCUGGUUGGCCUAAAGCCCCUGCAGCUCUUGGAGAUCAAGGCAAGGGGACGCUUUGGCUGUGUGUGGAAGGCUCAGCUGAUGAACGACUAUGUAGCAGUGAAAAUCUUCCCCAUUCAGGAUAAGCAAUCUUGGCAGAGUGAGAGGGAGAUUUUCAACACUCCUGGCAUGAAGCAUGAAAACCUUUUGCAAUUUAUCGCAGCAGAGAAAAGGGGGACAAACCUGGAGACAGAGCUCUGGCUGAUCACAGCUUUCCAUGACAAGGGUUCUCUGACAGAUUACCUGAAGGGCAACAUCAUCAGCUGGAAUGAGCUCUGCCAUGUUGCAGAAACAAUGGCCCGUGGCUUGUCCUACCUUCAUGAAGAUGUCCCCUGGUGCAAAGGUGAAGGACACAAACCUGCCAUAGCACACAGGGACUUCAAGAGUAAAAAUGUCUUGCUAAAGAACGACCUGACAGCUGUGCUAGCUGAUUUUGGACUGGCUGUACGGUUUGAACCUGGAAAACCUCCAGGGGACACUCAUGGACAGGUGGGAACAAGGAGGUACAUGGCUCCCGAAGUGUUGGAGGGAGCAAUCAACUUCCAACGAGACGCCUUCCUGAGGAUAGACAUGUAUGCAAUGGGACUGGUGUUGUGGGAGCUAGUCUCCAGGUGUAGAGCAGUUGAUGGUCCAGUGGAUGAAUACAUGCUGCCUUUUGAAGAAGAAAUAGGUCAGCACCCGUCCCUGGAGGACCUGCAAGAAGUGGUGGUUCACAAGAAGAUGCGCCCCGUGUUCAAGGAUCACUGGCUAAAACAUCCCGGCCUGGCGCAGCUCUGCGUGACCAUCGAAGAGUGCUGGGACCACGACGCCGAGGCGCGGCUCUCGGCCGGCUGCGUCGAGGAGCGCAUCGCGCAGAUCCGCAAAUCCGUCAACGGCACUACCUCGGACUGCCUCGUCUCUAUCGUGACGUCCGUCACCAACGUGGACUUGCCACCCAAAGAGUCUAGUAUCUGAGUGCUGGGUCCUGGUUCACUUUUGUCUUUCCAGACUCAGCGGAUUUAAAAACAAACAUACAAAAAAACGACAAGGAAAAGAGUUUAAAGAAAAAAAAAAAAGUACAAAAAAAACAAAAUCACAAAAA